UUUCUCUGUUAAAAAAAAAAAGUUCAUAAAAUCCAUUGGUUUUGGUUUGCAAUGUAACUGUAAAUAUGUGAAACUGUAUUUGUCUUUGUGUUUGAAACUAAAUUUGGUGUGGUGGUAGUGAAGGAUGAGAGGGAGGGAGAGAACAAGAUUCCCUUGCUGAAGCCCACUGCACAUCAUUGAAUGGUGUGGAUUUCAGCCUGGGGUAAGGUGUUUGAAAUAAGUGAAAAUUAAUGGGAUCAGCAUCAGCCUCACUGAAUAAAUGCAAUAAAAGGCUAACUGACAACACUAUUAUUCUGUUCCUCACUGAUUACAGGGUUUUUUUGUUGUUGUAAAUUUGAGCACAUGCAUUAUGUAAUUUGUAAAAUGAAGUAUUAGUGGAGACCUUGCUACAACACUAUUGAAAAUCUUCCCUUUUUGUGAGAUAGGAGGUUUAGAGAAUAGUGAGAUUCUUUUGUGUGUUGAAUCUUAGUUAUGUUCCUAAUGGUGGAAGUACUGACAUUUGUAUCUCACUGUGAUCUGGUACUUCGGUAUUUGCAUAAACCGGCAGUCCUGUAUAUUCUUUUGGCAAACUGUAAAUAUAAAUGUUUCAUAUUAGCAUAGCUGAAUUUUUGAGGUACAGACAUUUGUGUGGGAUUAGAGAACUUUAUUUCUAAGAACUUGUAAAAAAAAAAAAAAAAAGAAAAGUAUUUUCAAUAAAAUUCCCUACCUCACCUCUAUUGUGCAGAAAUUAUCCCAUUUCCUAUGUUCAGUUUUCCAACUUCAUUUGUAGAUGCAAAUAUCUCUUUUUUGUUAUUAGCAAAAAUAGUAUUUUCCAUUAAAGCAAUCAAAUAGUGAAUUACUUUAAAUUUGAAGCAUAGUUUAUUUCUUUUGUUUCCUUCACUGUAUGGUGCUCAGGUUUAGGAACACAUGGUAAAUAGUAUUUGCACACAACAAAGGCGAAUUCUAGAUGUUUUUUAUGGCAUCUGAAGAGGUGCAUAUAUCUGUUCCCUAACUCUGCCUGUGUGUAAUUUAAUUGUAAAGGGAUUGGCCAUGAUUGAUACUGCUUUGUUCUUUUGGUACCUUCAUGGCUGGGGGGGAGGAAAGUGGAAGGGGAAGAGGGGAGUGACAGGAACCUUCUCUUUGUAAGACCAUGGGUGGAAAGGUUCCUAGUCUUCUUUGUGUGAAGGGGAUUUGAGGAAACAAUGUGUUUGCUUUCUUUAAUUGCAGUUGUAAAUACACAUUCUAAUAAUGAGAUCUAAAAAUAGAUGUCUAAAAGACUUUCAAGUUACUAUAAGAUGAGCUUGCCAAUUAAUCCAUCCUUUUUCUGAAAUAUUUAACUCCUUACACUUUGGGGUCUGGAGGGGAGAGCCAGCCAGAAGUUCUCUCACGUUGCUGCAGGGAAUUACAUUCCUGAAGAAGGAAUAGCCUGCAGACCUGGAUAGAGUGAACUUAAAUCAAUGAUCUUUACUCUUAAAAGUUGGAAGUACUUGGUUUUUAUUCCUUUAUGUUCCCCCAGUCAAAUUGAACCAAUUUUCUUGCCAUAGUUCAGAGGCUGUUUUAGCAAUACCUGUAAACCUCACUUUCUGAAGCUGCCUCAUGUCAUGGGUCCCUUUGGGAAAUAGGAGAGAGAAGAUUGGUCUGCUCUGGGGUUGGAAUCACUUCCUCAGGAGAGAUUUUGAUCUUUUUAGUUGUAUGCAAGAACUGGAUUUGAGAUAGGGUUGUAGCAAAUAGCACCAGUUCCUGCUGAACUCCGUGAGAAAGGCGUGCAAGAUUAUUAUAGUUUUGAGCCCAAAUCUUAAAGAUUGUGGGUUUUCUGGGCUUGAUGUCUGUGUCCUUGAGAAAAAGAUCACUGCAUGUAUUUUGAGAGGAAUAUUUUAAUGUCAUUGGUGUCUGUAGUUUCGAGACCAGUGCAGAAUAGUUGGGUUGGCAAGUCUUAAGAAAGCUAACUUUUUCCUGAGUGACAGCUCAGAGCUUUAAAUGUUAUUAAUAGAAUAAAUAUUAGGUAUCCUCUAAAAAGGUAAAGGGAUGUGAUUUCACAUGCUCGAAUUCUAACUCCAAAUGUUGAGGAAUCUUAGUGUUACAGUGUAACUAUACCUGCUCCCUGGUAGCUUGCAUGCUUUUAGAAUGCGUUCUUUGCUGCUCUUUUGCUUCUGGCCCACAGUUUUAGGAAUAAAUACUGUGCUAUAUGUAAAAAACAAAACAAAAGGCUUGCCCUCCUUAAAUACAAUAAAUCAUAAGGCAAGCGUGUCCCUUUUCAGAGUCAGUCAUCAAAAAAAAAAAAAAAGGAUUGAAGGUUUUUCAACUUUUCUCCUUGUUAACAGGUUAUCUGAAUUAUCUGGAUUCUGAUGUGAAAAAUCUCCUUAGGUGAGAAAUAUGCAGUUGUCAGACUUGUCUGUAGAAUGUUCUACUAUGCCAGACCCAGCUGAGCUGCCCGAGAUGCCCUAAAUCAACAUGAUUGUUUGUUUAGCUGUGCUGAACACAUGGCUGGUAUGCAAUCGCGUGUCCUUGGGUCUCAAACAUGCUUCAGCUUAAAGAAUUUUUGUUGCAAGCACUGGCAUUAGACAACAAUCUCUGUCUCUAAAUCCAGUUAAACAAAAGCAAAAAUUCACUUUCAUAUUUUGGUAAAAUUUUCAGGUUCAGGUUUAGAAACUUUAAUGCUUUUUAAAAAAAUGGAAAUUAACUUUAGCUUAAUUAGCUGAACUAAACAUUACAUUCAAACUCUAAAUAACAAUUACUAACAUGAAUAUUAGGGAACUCAGACUUUAACAGAGGAUGUUAGUUUUGCAUAUAGGAUGUGCAUAAGGAGGAAGGUUCAUAGCUCUGAACAUUUUUAAUUAAUUGCAUGUCUUAAAGCAUUCCCACUUUUUCCCUGUUCCCAGUAUCACUUCAUGCUAAGUAAAAACUCAUGUUUACUUUGCAGCCUUUUUGGAGACAUUACCUUAAUCUUAGAAGAAUUAAUAUACAUUAUGGAAUUAUGUACAUCCUACCCGAGUUCAUGUGCCAGGGCUUCUACCUUUAUUCAGCGAGGUACUUCAAUGUGAAGAUGCUCAAGUUACCAUGGAUUUUGACAGGAGGACCAGCUGGUAUUCCUCAAAGUGGGACUGAUAACUGUUUAAACUUUGAAGAUUUCUGUAAUGCUAAGAUUUCUCUUUAUACUGGCAUGAUGUUCUGUUAUUGUUAUGUGACAUCAUACCUACAGAAACUAUUAAUAAAGAAUUUUGCUA